AUGGCUAAAGAACUAGGAGAGGAAAUAACUAAGAAGCCGUUGAUAAUAGCAAUGAAAGGGCAUCCCGGCACUGGCAAAUCCACUUUAGCCCAUGCCUUAGCCUCAGCCCUCAAAUUCCCUCUCGUCGACAAAGAUGACAUCCGCGACUCCACUUUUCCGCUCCAUCAGCAACCACAAGGUUCCCACGCCCUCCUCAACCACCUCUCCUACGAAGCUAUCUGGCGAGUCGCCUCAACUCAGCUCCACCUCGGCAUCAGCGUCAUCAUCGACUCUCCUCUCUCUCACAGAACCCAUCUCGACCGUCUCAUCAGCUUAGCGGCGUCGGCCGGAGCCCGCCUCCUGAUUGUGGAGUGCCGGCCGUCGGACGAGGCCAAGUGGAGGGAGAGGCUUGAAGGGAGGGAAAAGAGUUGGCACAAGCCAACCUCUUGGGAGGAGCUUCAGGAGCUGAUUAAGGGGUAUGGCGGAUGCACGGAGUACGAUGUCGGAGAUGUGCCCAAGAUGGUGGUUGACACGACGGCGCCUAAUCUAGGGCUGGAGGAGUUGGUUUCCAGUGUGGUGCGUUUCAUUGCUUCUUCUUGA